AUGGCUAAUGAACCAGGCAACGUGGACGAGAGCUACGCCAACGAGCUGCUGGUGGCGUUUGAGUACUCGUCCACGAUGGCCUCGGAGGUGCACAAGGUCAUGCUGACCAGCCUCACGGCGCAGCCCGACCCCGAUCGACCAUUCCUUCUCAACGGGCGGCACUGCUACGCGGGACCGGCCUACCAGCAGGGCGAGGAGGUGGAGGCCGCCACGGUCAACAACAUGGCGCUGAGCGUGGGCAACCUGUACGGCCUGGGAUACCGCGUGGGCCAGUCGAUCAAGGUGCGCUUCGAGAGCGUGCCGGAGCUCAUCGCCGUCAUCAACGCGCCGCCCACGCACUUUGACAUCGUCGACGGCAAGGAGGUGGUGGUCAACCCGAUGACCUUCAACGGCUUCGGCUCCUUCACGCGGCUCUCCAACGCCGAGGGCGUCACGUCGUCGUUCGAGAUCUCGCGCGACCUCGUCCACGUCAACGGCCAAACCGCUGGAGCGAGCGCGAGGGCCAAGGUGGUGGCUGUGGCGGCCAACGUGGCCGAGCAAGCGCAGGGGAUGAAGAAGCGGGCGGAGGAGCUGGGUUGGUCGACGAUGGAGCAGAUUUCGGUGUCGCGCGAUCUGGUGGCGUCGGGCGAUGACGUGGUGCUGUACAUGUCGACGACGCGCGACCUGUGGAAGUUCCCCAUCGUGGACCAGAGCGGCGUGCAGGUCGGGUCGCUGGACAUCUGGGCGUCGUCGAGCUGCGGCGAGGACUGCGUGCAGAAGGGCGACGGGCGCGACCUGUGGUGGUUCACGCCCGACCACGAGCCCUUCAACGUGCUCACCUACUCGUCGCGCGCGCCCGAGGACUUCAACCCGGCCAACCGCAUCAUGGUGGGCGAGAAGGUCACUCUCGGCCCCAACGAGCACGAGAGCACCGGCAAAUCAGAAAGCAAGGUCGGGGGCGAACACAACUCGACCACGCACGUCGACAGCUUUUCGGUGGGCGUGAAUGUCGACCUGCACACCAAGUUCAUGGCGUCGUUCAUGGGCGUGGGCAUGAUCUUCUCGACGCCCGACCUCAUCAACAUCCACGCUCAAGGCCAUGGCUCGAAGGACAGGAGCGACGACGACAUGGCAUCGCAAACGCGAACGGCCGAGAUCGAGCGCGACGUGUCGGUGGUGUGCCACGUGGAGCCCAUCAACCCGGAGUUCGCCUACCGCGUGCAGCCCUUCGUGUGGAUGGCGCGCGUGCCGGACGGGCGCGGGUACCUUAAGGUGGACUACACGGCCGAGCCGGGCCACUACCCGGGCGUGUCGACGUGGUGGGAGCGCACCUACAGCAAGGCCGACCCGGCGUUCAACCUGCCCUGGUGGUGGGCCACGUUCAAGCGCGACCGCACGAUGCUGACCAAGGAGAUGGUGGCGACGCCGGCGGUGCCGCGCGAGGGCGAGGUGGUCGAGGUGGCGGUGACGGUGCGCAACAAGGCGCUCGUGGACGCGCGCAACGUGAAAGUGGCGCUGUGGCGCGGGAGUCCCGACAACUGCCUCGACGAGGCGUGCCUGCUCGACGACAACGCCCUCAUCGGCAUCGAGAGGGUGGGGCUGAUCCCGAGCCAGGGCAAGCGCGAGGUGUGGUUCCUGUUCCGCUUCGACGGCGUGCAGAACAUCCACGCGACGAUCGACGACAACGACGAGCUCGACGAGAUGCACGAGGACAACAACCACGCCUACAGCCUCUUGUUCCACGACAUGGCCAACAGCGGCUACACGCUGCAGACCCUGCGGCUCGACCCUGCCAUCGCGGUGAGCCCCGUGGUGGCGAGCGACGAGAGCGGGUUGACAAUCGGGUACCACGUGACGGCGACGGUGCUGGGCGACACGUUCACGCGGGCCAACGUGCUCGUGCAGCUGUGGCACGGCGGCGUGGGCGGCACGGGCCGGCUCAUCGGCACGGUGCUGGUGCCGCGCGUGAACGGCUCGACGACCGAGACCAAGAGGUCCGAGCUGUCGGUCUUCUGGGAGACGCGCAACCCGGCGCUGUUCGGCAAGCAGGAGCUGCACGCCGUCGUCCUGCACUCGGGCUUCUCGACCGAGGCCGCCAACGUGAUCUCGCACGUGUCUCGCGCGGUGAGAGUGGCGUGCUACGGCCGCGUGGACGCGUGCGGCGUGUGCGGGGGCAACAACGGGACGUGCCUUGGAUGCGACCGGGCCCAGUGGCACUACGUGCGCAUCGACCACCGCAACAUCAACGACAACGGCAACAACAGCAGCAACGGAUCCAGCGUCGCCCCCAGCGACUCGUCGUCGUGGUCGUCGAUGGUGACGCGGGCGCGCGUGGGCGACCUGGUGGUGUGGGAGAACCUGCUCAACUGGGAGGUGAAGAUCGUGAGCGGGGCCUACGACUACAAGGGCGCGCCAGUGGUCGAUCUGUCGCGGCUGGCGACUCAGCAGGGCCACACUCUGUUGGGCGACCUGCCCGAUGCCGACUCUCUCGACGCAGUCCUACAGGAGUACGCCUCAACGAUGUGGAUCAAGGAUCACGUGGAGCUGUCGACCCCUCCCGAAGGCCCUUCACCACCCGCCCCGGACACCACGUCGGCCUAUCUCCGCCGCCGGGCCGGCGAGGGCCAUGGCCAGUCGCAGCAGGACCGGGAUACCGCAGACCUGUUCCCCGGCUGGAGGACGACUCGGCCAUCUGGCAGCCGACAGGCGAGGGAGGUGGGCACCUUUGCUGCGGAAGGCGCCGGUGAGGAAUUCGUGAUGGGCGGCGUGUGCUGCGCUGAGGAGGAGACCGACUACGAUAGCGUGACGACUACGAGAGCCGAAGAGGUGUCCGAGUACCUCCUUCACGACGUCACCCACAGCGCUCGUUUGGCCGGCGUGCGCUGGUCCAGCGCCAGCGACCGUUCGCGCCUGCGCACGUCAGUGGUGGCGAAGCUCGUAGAACUGAAUAAGCGGCUCGAUCGCAUGACAUCACUCUCCAACUCGACUGGCAUGCUCCUACCUGAAGAAGAAGCGGCUUUCUCACAAAUGACUGCCGAGGUGAGGCGUUCGGCCUUCGACCCGGCCGCAAGGUCAUCGCCCGAUGUCCGCUGCCUCUGUCGCCGGUCCGGCUCGUCGCAGGAAGCGCGCUCUAGUGGGGAAUGUUCAGCGGAGGACGCCUUCUUCCAGCGCUGCCCCAACCCCGCGACGGCGGACGCCGGCUAUGCCUUCCCAGGACUCUUCAACUUCGCGCCGAUCGUGGCCAAGCCCGACGGGCCGUCGGCGGUGCUGGCGCCGGGCGCGGCGAGCAUGCCGCACAGGUUCUUCAGCCCGGGCCUGUACGUGUGGCACGACUCCAACAACCCGGCGGUCCACGGCGUGGUGCUGGUCACGCCGCCGGACCUUGUCGUGGACGAGUGUGGCGUGUGCGGCGGCGACGGCACCUCGUGCCGCGACUGCCAGGGCACCCUGUUCGGCCCGGCUCAGGUGGACGUGUGCGGUGUGUGCGUCGAUCGGACAGCGCCAGGCUACGCGCCCAACCCGGCCAUCGACUGCGCCGGCGUGUGCAACGGCUCGGCCAUGAUCGACGAGUGCGACAUGUGCUCGGGCGGCACCACCGGCCGGGUGUCCAACGCACAGAUGGACUGCAGCGGUACCUGCCACGGCACCAGCGUGUUCGACUGCGCGGGAACGUGCAACGGCAACGCUGUGCGCGACUGUGCGGGAAUCUGCAACGGGGACACUCGGAUCGACUGCUUCGGCGUUUGCGGUGGCCCGGCCCGAAUGGUUAUCUUCCAAGGUCAGCCUCCUACUUGCAUGAGACCAUACGGCCAACGUGACCAGGCCACGACGGGGGAGCAGGAGCAGGAGAUGGAGGAGCGGGAGGAGGAUGAGAAGAAGGCAGUGAGUUGCGUGGAAGACGGGGCAGUUGCGGACUGCAAGGGCGUGUGCAACGGCCCGGCGCGCCUCAACCCGUGCGGCUUGUGCGUGGCGCCGGCCGACUACGACCGGGGCGAGGGCUACUGGGUGGACUGCGCCGGCACGUGCCGCGGCACGGCCCACAUCGGCGACUGCGGCGUCUGCGUCGGCGGCCGCUCUGGUCUUUCGCCGAACGUGCACAAGGACUGUCAAGGGACGUGCUUCGGCAACGCGACGCGCGACGAGUGCGGCGUGUGCUAUGUGGAGGGCGACGGCCACGUGGCCAAUUCGGGCAAGGAUUGCACGGGCAUGUGCGGCGGCAAGGCCGUGGUGGACGAGUGCGGCCAGUGCGUGCUGGGCACCACCGGGCGCGAGUUCAACGCCGCCAAGGACUGCGCCGGCCAGUGCUUCGGCGGGCGCCUCCCCACCGAUCCGGCGUGCGUGUGUGAGCGCGAGGAGCUGGACAAGUGCUUCGUGUGCGGCGGCGACAACUCCGCGUGCGCGGGCUGCGACGGCGUGCCCAACUCGGGCGCGGUGCACGACCUGUGCGGCGUGUGCGGCGGCGACAACUCGACCUGCUGCUUCCUGCCCUUCGCCCAGGCCACCGUCCUCAUCCGCGAGUUUGACACCGUGGUCCUGUCCAACGCGCUCGACGCCGGCGAGACCCUGCUCGUCACCAACCUGCACCUCGGCCACGGCUACACGUUCCGGCUCGUGAAGCUCGACCCGUCGUCAGCGUCAUCGAACAAGGCCAAGGCGGUCGCCUAUUACCCCCAACUAUUGCCGGGCAAUGAUCUCAGGGUUGUGGUCACGGAGCCGGGCCAGUACGUGCUCCAAUCGGCCGAGCGCUCGGCCGUGUCGGUCCGGUUCGGCGUGCGCUUCAACCGCAAGAUCAGGGACAGCUGCGAUCGCUGCGUCUACGCCGACGCCGGCAACGGGGAGGCGUCGUACGACCACUGCUGCGAGGUCAUGGAGUCCAAGGACGACGUGCACACGUGGUUCGAGAUCACCCACUUCCACGCCGCGACGGACCCGGCGGUGGUCACCCGCGUGGCGCCGCGCACCGGCGCCUACAGGAGCGCGCCGACCAGACACCUGCUGCGCCUGGUGGAGUCGCAGACCGUGGACGCGCGUACGUGGCGCCUCGCGGGCCAGCGGCUGGCGGUGGGCGACGUGGUGGUGCUCGAGAACAGGGACCUGUUCGACCACGUGAUCUCCAUCACCGGGCCUCAGCCCAUGCCCGACGUGGUGCUCGACCGCGGCACCGUGGCCGUCGUCGGGCCGGUGCUCACGCCGGGCACCUACCGUGUGGAGUCCAGGAGCAACCUCAUCAAUGCCACCUUCACGGUCGAGUUCUCCUUUGCCUGCACCGUGCACGCCAGCGAGACGCAGCAGCCUGCGGGGAGGUACGGCGCAAUCGGGACUGGCCUCGCCCUGGUGGGCGGCUUCACCCUCGCGGCGCUCUUGGCUGCUGUCAUGGUUGUGCUGGUACGCCAGAGAGCCCAGAAGAGGAACGAGACCAGCAAUAACAUGUAA